AUGGGUCACGUUGAAAGUGGAGCUACAUUUUUGGCUGCAAUUACACUCGCACUUCACCUCCUCCCAGCAACCACCCUUUUCCCUCCAGACGCCGCCGUUAGAGUCGUCAGGGUUCGGGGGGACGGCGCGGGGGACUUCAGGACGGUGACGGAGGCCGUCAACAGCAUUCCGUCAGGGAACAAGCGGCGGGUGGUGGUGUGGAUCGGCAUGGGUGAGUAUCGCGAGAAGGUCACCGUGGACAGGUCCAAACCUUUCGUCACGUUUUAUGGAGAGAGGAAUGGGAGCAACCCCCACACCAUGCCCAUCAUAACGUACGACGCCACUGCGUUAAGGUAUGGGACAGUCGACAGCGCCACCGUCGCUGUCGACUCCGACUACUUCGUCGCUGUGAAUGUCGCUUUUGUGAACUCGUCUCCUAGGCCAGAUAAAAAUAGUGUGGGAGCACAAGCAUUAGCCAUGAGGAUAUCGGGGGACAAGGCUGCAUUCUACAACUGCAAGUUCUUGAGCUUUCAGGACACUUUAUGUGAUGAUAAAGGCAGGCAUUUUUUCAAGGAAUGCCACAUCCAAGGCUCCUACGAUUUCAUCUUUGGAAAUGGAAAAUCCAUCUACUUGAGAAGUACCAUAGAAUCGGUUGCAAAGGGUUUGAGUGUUAUCACAGCACAAGGUAGGGAAAGCAUUGCACAAGACACUGGAUUCAGUUUCUUGCACUGCAACAUUACGGGAAGUGGUCACAGAAACACUUACCUUGGGCGUGCCUGGAAGAAGAGCCCUAGAGUGGUGUUUGCUUACACGUACAUGGGCUCCCUCAUCAAUGCCCGGGGAUGGUUCACCAACCAACUUCCUCACCCCAAAUCAAACCAGACAAUCUACUACGGAGAAUACAGGUGCAAGGGAGCAGGAGCUGCUUCCUCUGGGCGUGUAAAAUUUCGGAAGAUACUCUCUGAAGAAGAAGCAAAGCCAUUCGUGAGCAUGUCCUAUAUUCAUGGCGGAAAGUGGGUUGUCCCACCUCCAAAGUUGUGA